GUUUCACUUUGAAGUUACAAAUCAACAUAGAUGGACUUCCUUUGUUCAAGAGUUCUUGUCUGCAGUUGUGGCCCAUCCUUGGUCUACUAUUAAGUGUUCCCAUGAAGGAACCUGUAGUUAUAGGUUUGUUCUGUGGACCAAAGAAACCAAGUUCAGAGUCAUCUGUGACACACCAGCCAGGUCCUUUAUUAAAAACACAAAGAACCACAAUGCCUACCAUGGAUGUGACAAAUGUGUGCAGCCUGGAAACUAUAUUAACAGACGCAUGACAUACCCAUGUGCAGACUAUGCCCUACGGACAGAUGAAUCAUUCACAAACAUGGCCGAUGAGAGUCAUCAUCAUGAAGGACCACAUCCAUUUAUUGGCAGUAGUGUGGGUAUGGUUUCACAGUUCCCUCUAGAUUACAUGCAUUUAGUUUGUUUAGGAGUUGUUAGAAGAAUGCUACACAUCUGGCUCAGGGGUCCUCUGAAUUUUCGAUUGCCUGCGAGCAUAGUGGAAAGAAUGUCAGCAAAACUGUUAGAAAUGCGUUCCUUUAUUCCUGUAGAGUUUGCACGGAAGCCCAGAUCUCUGAGGGAAUUGGAUCGUUGGAAGGCCACAGAAUUUAGACAGUUUCUCCUGUACACAGGACCUGUAAUGCUAGGCACAUUUCUGGAUCAAAAUAUGUACUAUAAUUUCAUGCUACUCUUCUCUGGUGUUGCUAUUUUAGUUAGUCCUAGACUGUCCUGCCACACACAGUAUGCCCGUACUUUGCUGAAAUGUUUUGUUAGUCACUUUGGUGAAAUAUAUGGAAAAGAUCAAAUUGUUUAUAAUGUACAUGGUUUGGUCCAUCUAGCAGGUGAUGUGCAACUACAUGGUUGUCUGGACUCAUUUUCAGCAUUUCCUUAUGAAAAUUAUCUGCAUAAGCUUAAAAAGCUCAUCAGGAAACCAGAGUUCCCCCUUGCCCAAAUAAUCCGUCGAUUGUCUGAAAUUAGAAUUAUGGAAGCUCCUUUAAGUUGUACCUCUUUUAAAAAGCCACAUUAUGUUGGACCAAUUAUAGGUGGACUGUCAGUGAAAGCACAGUAUGGUGAAAUGACCUGUGAUAAGUGGACUGUUAAAGUUUCAACUGGGGAUAAUUUUUUUGUUAUUGGAAAUGAUAUUUGUUGUAUACAUAACAUUGUAGAGUGCAGUGAUGGAGUCUAUGUGGUAUACAAGGAAUUCUCAGAUAAAUCUUUGUUCUUUGAUUAUCCAUUUAACUCUGACUAUCUGAAUAUUUAUAAAAUUUCACAAACAUCAGAUUCAUUCAAGUGUGUUAAAGUGUCAGAGCUUGUUGUAAAAUGUACUGUUUUGCCUCAUAGAGAUGGUUUUGUGGCCAUACCAAUGUUCCAUGCCUUUUAGGGACACAUCAGAUUUUUCUCUGUACCCGUCUGUUGUCCUUGCUGGCAGUAUAACUUAAUAGCUAUUAAGGCUGUUUUAUUCUAACAGGCAUUUAAAAUGUCGAGGAUGAUACCAUUUUGUUAUAUUAUUUUCUAAGCAAAGCAAUUGUGGUAGUGUUGCUUGUUGCAGCUCUUUUUUUUGUU